CGUGUGACUUGUCGGUGAUCAACAGUCGGUGCGCUUGGCGGCUGUUGACCGAAUGUUCGCGGUCGUUGUUCGUCUAACCGAUCACUUAUUGCGUUAUUUUUAUUAUUCACAGACUCGACCGAUAAUACUUGAUAGUGUUGUAUUAUAAUUAACGGUCGCCGUAACGGAAACAUAAACGCCUAUGUGUCGUUUUUCAUCACUUCUCGCGCUAUCGAUCGACUGUCGUGUGCGUCGGCGACUUUCGCGAAUGUGAGACCAUUAACCGUUGUUGUCUUCUGUAUUUGCACUACCCCCUGUGCCGGAAACCAGAACACGGGAGAAUAGGAUGGAAAUGAGAUGAGUGUAGGGGCCGAGCCCGGUGGGUGUUGGGACAGUUGCGUGCGGUUGAUGUGCCACAGUCAAACGUCGCAGCCAUCAGCCCAUCGACAGCCCUACCCUGCCCGCCACCUCUACCCCAACGGCAUCAAGAACGGCUUGAACGGUCAAAUCAAAGAUGGGAUUGUCAGGAACAUAUCGAAAACGAACGGGGUUAGGCCCGAAGAGAAGAUUUCCACCGUUUCUAGAGGCUAUUGGACGGUAGAGAGACCCAGACAGCAGCCCAACUACCAUGCGCUACGCCGAGCGUGCCGUGAGCGCGGUUCUCUAUACGAAGACCCAGACUUCCCUGCCGGUCCCAAGUGCCUUUACAGAAACAAGCGACCGGCAAUUCAGCCUAUUGUAUGGAUGCGACCACAUGAAAUGUGCCAAAGACCCAAGUUUAUGGUGGAAGCGUCGAGGCUGUUGUCCCAAGGUAACGGAGUUGUGUCGUCCGGAGAAAAUGCUCGAGGGCGGUGUGGCGUGGAACCUGGCGAAUACGGAGACCACAGCUUCUUGGCCGCAGUCUCUUCGUUAACGCUCACGCCCAAAUUCCUCGACCGGGUCGUGCCGCCAGACCAAUCAUUCGACACCACCACCUCAUAUUGCGGACUGUUCAGGUUUCGAUUCUGGUACUUUGGCGAGUGGAAAGAAGUAUUGGUCGACGACAAGCUGCCCACGUACAGAGGACGUCUGAUCUACAUGCAUUCCACCAACCCCACCGAAUUCUGGGUCGCGCUCCUCGAAAAAGCGUACGCCAAGCUGUAUGGUUGUUAUGAAAACCUAAGCGGACCGGGCUGCUCGACCACUAGAGCCCUGCAGGAUUUGACCGGAGGAAUCGUUCAAAGCUUCGGUUUGUCUAACCAAGACCGGUUUCUGACCUACCAGGUGUUGAACAGUGCCGUGCCCAGGUCGUCAUUGCUUAUAUCAACUAUAACUCUGAAAGAGAACAAGAGACAACUGAGACUGCGAAACGGGUUGAUGACCCAGCACGCUUAUAGCGUGACGGGUUUGGCGCGGGUCCGGGGUCCGCUAGGUGACACCCCGUUGGUGAGACUGAGGAAUCCUUGGGGCGAAGGCGAGUGGACAGGUCCUUGGAGUGAACGCAGCUGGGAAUGGGAUGGACUAUCACACAGAGAUAAGGAACUACUCAGCGUGCGGGUACGCAACGACGGCGAAUUUUGGAUGUCGUUCGAGGACUUUGCCCGGCAUUUCACGCAGUUGGACAUCGUGCACAUAAGCCCGGACGAUUGGAUGACCGAACCGGCUUUGCAUUCCAAGCAACCUUGGCGUGCCGUUCUGGCCAGGCGGAGAUGGCGGAGCGGUUACAAUGCCGGCGGUGGUCCCGGAUAUCCAGAGACGACGGCUAUGAACCCUCAGUUCCACAUAGGUAUACCUAGGACUUCGGGCAACAAGUGCCACGUGGUGGUGUCCGUCAUACAGCAAUACGAGACCGACCCUGAAGCCAAGGGUGCAAGACCCCUUUACGCCAUCGGAUUUGCCGUCUACGAAGUGCCGCACUCCACGUCCAGGCUGACUCCGCAUUUCGUCACGCAACAGCAACCUUUGGACGUGACCAACCACUCGGUUGCCAGGGAAGUGGUGACGUUCUUCACGCUGCCGCCCGGUGACUACAUUGUCGUUCCGCAGACCAAUGUGCCAAACUGUGACGCAAAAUUCCUCCUGCGAAUCCUCACGGACGAGCAGAGUAACAUAUGGGAAGUAAACGACGACAACAUGGUGUUCAAAAACAUUUCGGCUGAAUUUUUGGAAGACACUGUCAUAUUGCCCGACGGUCGACCGCUGCUGAACAAGCUGAUGAUCAAAUACCCGCCGGAAGUAGACGUGGUGCAGCUCCAGAAGAUACUGCGAGCCCACUGGAAAGCGUAUCUGGCCGAAAAGCCCAGUCUGGAAUUGUGCAAAAGUCUGAUUAUGUUGAGAGACAUCAACAUAAGCGGUCGCAUAAAUAUGUUGGAUAUUCCCGUGCUAAUGCACAUGCUACAGUUUUGGAAGAUCGCCUUUCAAAAGUUUGAAAAAGGUGUUAACCCCAACAAAACGUCGAGCUACAACUUGAGACCACUGCUGUGGGAAGCCGGCAGCACGGUCAGCAACAAAGUGCUCGAAUGUCUGGUACUGCGGUUCGCCAAAAACCAGAUACUGAGUUCCGAGUGCUUCAUUAUGGCCAUGGUCAGGUUGCAUUUGGCCCACGAGAGGUAUCACAGUUUGGACACGAAAAUGAGCAAGGGAAAUCCUUUGUCGUUGGAAGAGUUGAUCCUGAUGACCAUCUACUCAUGAUUUCGACCGAGCCCACCACGUACCAAAGAUGAAUGAUUGUGCCAGUCAUUAUAGGUAAAAGCCGAAACCGCACGAUGACCUAAGUCCUAACCUCCUAACCGAUCCGACUACGCGUUUUUUUAUCAUUAUUGAAACAUUAUUAUUUGUAAUAAAUUAAUACUAAAGCAAACAAACACAUAAUACAAUAUAAUAUUUAUAUUUUGUAUUUUUGGAAUUCUAGUAUUUUUUUUGUUAUUAUUAUUAUUUAUUUGAACUUAUAAUUUACAAACGUAAUCAAACGGGGCGUUAAAAACGUCUUACUUUUUUAUACAUCAGAUUCCGCACCUAAAAAAUAUGAGGUAUUUUUACCUAUUAUUAUUUAUUUUAUUAUACAUAUAAAUAUAUGUUAUUUAUAUGUAUUGUUAUUAUAUAAUAUUAUUUUAUUGUUUUACAUAACACUGUUUGUAAAAGGUUAUUGAUUUAUUCAAUAACACCAAAA